AUGCAUGGAAAAACAAUUAAUGGAGCUUGUGGAUACGAGGAGCUUGAUACGAUCUGGUGUGAUGAUUCAAGUAGAUUAUGGCAGGGAAUAGAUGUAAAUGGAAGUCAGGUAAUUAUUUUUGAGAAGGUUAUGCCAGGGUUGCAUGAAAAAGAAAGGAUUAAGCUGGUGUCUCUGCUGAUGGGUCAUGCGAUGAAUGCUAGAAGUAAUGCAUUGAGAGUAUCUAAGUGUUUUUGGAUUGAUGAUGUGUUGUAUAUGAUUCAUGAAGGAGCAGUGCAUGUGAAUAGCAGGAUAAUGGAGAAGUACUUAGUUGACGAGAACCUUGGUUUAUGGAUAUUUGUGCAAGCAGUGUAUGUAGUUGGAAUGAAUAUUGAUGAUGAGUGGCUCUGCAAUAAGAUUAGCAUGAAAAGUAUGUGCAUAGCAAAUGAUGGGAGACUGCUAAUUAGAUGGAGUGAUAUUAUAUUGAAUUUCUUGAUGAUGCCUGGAAAUGAAGAAAAACUGAUAAUGAAUGAGGUAGAUUGGAGUAGAAGUGGAAUUAAAGGAUGUGAAGUGCAAUGUGAACAAAAGUAUUGUGGUACAUCUGGAACAAAUUGUGGCCUUAUGGGUGCAAACGAUAGAAAGUCUGUGAUUGACCGGCCGAUUAUGUUUCCAAUGGUUCUCAAGGGAAUGUUUUUAGAAUUGAUGAAAUGCUUUUUGAGAGUUUCAGAUAUGACUAAAGAUGCAGAGAAGAUUGAUGCAUGCAGUGAUAACUUAGAACGGCACAAAUUGGAUCUGCCGAUGAAGAGUUUUCUAAAUGAUUGCCAGAUGAUGGUGGAUAUGCUGUUUGUGAAAGGAGUGCAUAUGAACGAGGUAAAGAGAUGGAUUGAACUUAUGCAUGAAGCAUCUGGGAAGAGUAUACAGAAGAUAUGUAAUGGAUUUAGAAACAGAUAUAAAGGCGAGAUUACUGACAGUAGAAGUACCCCAGCACUGAUGGAUGAAGCAGAUAACAGCAAUGGAGAAACGGGCAAUAGUAGUAUGGAGGAGGAAAGCAGCAAGAAUACAAGUGAUGGAGAAUAUCGGACACGAUCAUUUGGAACAAGGGAGUACAAGAGAGGACGAUUCCAUGUGUGUGAGGCUGUCCCACUAGGAGAUAAGGAUAAGGAAGUGAAGACUGAUGAGUAUAUGAAUAAAAUGUUGAAGAUGCUGAACUUACAGAGCAGAAAGAUAGGCAUAAUUGCAAAUGCAAUUCACAGGAUGGGAAAUUUUGAUGGGAAUGAGAAGAAUGAGCUUGCUUGUUUGGAAGAGGAGUGCAGGAUUCUUAUGAGCGAUCUUGAAAGAUGA